UGCCUGGUGCCAGAGCGGGUGCAGCAUCCUUCGGCGUUCGCGUCGCCUCGCCGUUCUCCUCGCCUGCCGCCUCUCCGCGCCCUGCGGCCGGCGCGAUGGCUAAGCCGCUGACAGACAGCGAGAAGCGGAAGCAGAUCAGCGUCCGCGGCCUUGCGGGGCUGGGCGACGUGGCCGAGGUGCGCAAGAGCUUCAACCGGCACCUGCACUUCACGCUGGUCAAGGACCGCAACGUGGCCACGCCCCGCGACUACUUCUUCGCGCUGGCGCACACGGUGCGCGACCACCUGGUGGGCCGCUGGAUCCGCACGCAGCAGCACUACUACGAGCGCGACCCCAAGCGCAUCUAUUACCUCUCGCUGGAGUUCUACAUGGGCCGCACGCUGCAGAACACCAUGGUGAACCUGGGCCUGCAGACUGCCUGUGACGAAGCCAUCUACCAGUUGGGGUUGGACUUGGAAGAGCUAGAGGAAAUAGAGGAGGAUGCUGGCCUUGGGAACGGAGGCCUGGGGCGGCUGGCAGCCUGUUUCCUGGACUCGAUGGCCACCUUGGGCCUGGCGGCCUACGGCUAUGGAAUCCGCUACGAGUUUGGGAUUUUUAACCAGAAAAUCGUCAACGGCUGGCAGGUGGAAGAGGCUGACGACUGGCUGCGCUACGGCAACCCCUGGGAGAAGGCGCGGCCCGAGUACAUGCUGCCUGUGCACUUCUAUGGCCGCGUGGAGCACAGCCCCGAGGGCGUCAAGUGGCUGGACACGCAGGUGGUGCUGGCCAUGCCCUACGACACGCCCGUGCCAGGCUACAAGAACAACACAGUGAACACCAUGAGGCUGUGGUCCGCCAAGGCGCCCAAUGACUUCAAGCUGCAGGACUUCAACGUGGGGGACUACAUCGAGGCAGUCCUGGACAGGAACUUGGCUGAGAACAUCUCCAGAGUCCUGUAUCCCAAUGACAACUUCUUCGAGGGGAAGGAGCUCCGGCUGAAGCAGGAGUACUUUGUGGUGGCUGCCACCCUCCAGGACAUCAUUCGCCGCUUUAAGUCGUCCAAAUUCGGCUGCCGGGACCCAGUGAGGACCUCUUUCGAGACAUUCCCAGACAAGGUGGCCAUCCAGCUAAAUGACACCCACCCAGCUCUGUCCAUCCCUGAGCUCAUGCGGAUCCUGGUGGAUGUGGAGAAGGUGGACUGGGACAAGGCCUGGGAAAUCACCAAGAAGACCUGUGCAUACACCAACCACACCGUGCUGCCCGAGGCCUUGGAGCGCUGGCCCGUGUCCAUGUUUGAGAAGCUGCUGCCACGGCACCUGGACAUCAUCUACACCAUCAACCAGAGGCACCUGGACCACGUGGCUGCCCUGUUUCCCGGGGACGUGGACCGGCUGAGGAGGAUGUCCGUGAUCGAGGAAGGGGACUGCAAGCGCAUCAACAUGGCCCACCUGUGCGUGAUCGGGUCCCACGCCGUCAACGGCGUGGCAAGGAUCCACUCGGAGAUCGUGAAGCAGACAGUCUUUAAGGAUUUUUAUGAACUGGAGCCAGAGAAGUUCCAGAACAAGACGAAUGGGAUCACACCCCGGCGGUGGCUGCUGCUGUGCAACCCCGGGCUGGCAGAUGUCAUUGUGGAGAGAAUCGGGGAGGCCUUCCUGACGGACCUGAGCCAGCUGAAGAAGCUGCUGCCCCUGGUCAGUGACGAGGCCUUCAUCAGGGACGUGGCCAAGGUCAAGCAGGAAAACAAGCUGAAGUUCUCCGCCUUGCUGGAGAAGCAGUACAAGGUGAAGAUCAACCCCUCCUCCAUGUUUGACGUGCAUGUGAAGAGGAUCCACGAGUACAAGCGGCAGCUGCUCAACUGCCUGCACAUCAUCACCCUGUACAACCGAAUAAAGAAAGACCCAGCCAGGGCCUGUGUGCCCAGGACUGUUAUGAUCGGGGGCAAGGCUGCCCCUGGGUACCACAUGGCCAAGAUGAUCAUCAAGCUGGUCACAUCCAUCGGUGAUGUCGUCAAUCAUGACCCGAUUGUGGGCGACAGGCUCAAGGUCAUCUUCCUGGAAAACUACCGGGUGUCCUUGGCUGAGAAAGUGAUCCCGGCUGCAGACCUGUCUCAGCAGAUCUCCACUGCGGGCACUGAGGCGUCCGGCACAGGCAACAUGAAGUUCAUGCUCAAUGGGGCGCUCACCAUCGGCACCAUGGAUGGAGCCAACGUGGAGAUGGCCGAGGAGGCUGGGGCUGAGAACCUCUUCAUCUUUGGCCUGCGGGUGGAGGACGUGGAGGCCCUGGACCGGAAGGGGUACGUCGCCAAGGAGUACUAUGAGCGCCUGCCCGAGCUGAGGCAGGCCGUGGACCAGAUCCGUGGUGGCUUCUUUUCCCCCAAGGAGCCAGACUGCUUCAAGGAUGUGGUUGACAUGCUGAUGUACCACGACAGGUUCAAGGUGUUUGCAGACUAUGAAGCAUAUAUGCAGUGCCAGGCCCAGGUGGAUCAGCUGUACCAGAACCCCAAGGAGUGGACCAAGAAGGUCAUUAAGAACAUCGCCUGCUCGGGCAAGUUCUCCAGUGACCGCACCAUCACCGAGUACGCGCGGGACAUCUGGGGUGUGGAGCCCUCUGACCUGCAGAUCCCACCGCCCAACAUCCCCCGAGACUAGGCGCCCUUGUGGCUGGACCAACGGGCCUCUGUUCUGCUGAGUUUGCACCUGGCGUUGGGUUUGCAGGCACUUGGCUAGCAGCUGGUGGUCCCUGUUUUUCUCAGCGCUGUGUUUCUGGGAGGGGCCCUGGGGCUCGAGGGGCUGGGUUUGAGGAGCAGGGCAAGGACAGAAGGAGCUAGGGACGGUCUCCCAGUUUCCUGCCAAGGAAAGCAGAGUUCACAGCACAGGCAGGUGCACAGGCAGCCCCCACAGCUUCAGUCCACGGCCCCACAGAGGGUGGCAGGAGGGGGAGCUGCCUGCUGGGACCCCCAUAAAGCUUGCACGCAUCUUGCUAUGAGCUUACAUCUUUAGUACUGAGCUGGUGGCCAAGGUGAAGCCUGGGCCGAGUGGGCCAUUCCUCCCCAUCCCAGCUCCAUCCUGGCCCUUGCUGGGAUGCGUUAGAUCCUCCAGGCAUCAUCACAACUCCCUGUCCUCUGCACCCAGUGCGUGUGCUGAGAAAGUAGGCCUGACCUUCGUAGCUCUCCUUGGUGCCAAGUGGGUAUCCAGGACAUGGGAUUUGCUUGUGGGGGGCUCUGAGGGAGGAUUACCAGUGCCCAGCAUCUUAGUGGCUGUGGUUAGGACAAGGCUGAGUGAUGCAAGAUUAGCUUGUUUUUUCUUUUCAAAAGGAAAUGAAGUUAGUCAAAGCCUUUUUUGCUUUAGCAACUGAAACUACUUGGUCAGUUUCAUGCCCAGCUGGAGGAGGGUCAGCUGUAGUCCCUGUGGUGGCUUCCUACACCUCCCAUUGCCUGCCUGUGUCGGGGUUGCAUUUCCUGUUGUACGGUGGAGGGCCAGUCUCCAUUCUUCCCUUCCCACCAGUGCACGAGCCCGGGCUGGGGAAAGGGCCAGUUUCUACUCGUGGACAGUGGGCCCGGUGGGGUGGGGUGAGCCCCUCAGUUGUGCCUUCCCCAAGGCUGACAUCAGCUGCAGCAAAGACCCACGUGGCCCAAGGGAGAGGGCCAGCGACAGGCUUUGGUCUGCACAGGGCUGGAGGAAUUGGGCGGAGCAUCCCACAGAGGCUUCCGCCACCUUGCAUGCUGGACCUGCGUGGGGAGGCUCUUCCCUCACGCUCAGGCCUGUGGGGCCUUCCAGUUAGGAUUUGCUCCCGUAUGCACAUCACCAGGGCCCCCGGGUUCUUUCAGAGGGCACGUCCUGGACUUGUGAUCACAUCCCGCUGCCAGUGGCUCCAUGUUUGGGGCCACACUCCUGAUGCUGUGUGUGACUGCCACCCUACCCCCUUGCUGUUGUUCCCCUGUGAGAAACAGAUUAAACUUCUGUGCCCGUGGUGGGUU